CCUUCAAGAAUGUAUACGUAUUAUAAUUUGUUGUUUAUGUUUUGUGUACAUUUACUUUAUUUAGGAUGUACAGUUUGUACAAAGGACGAGCCGAUAGUGAGCGUGAAACAGGGGAAGCUACAGGGUGCUACAGACACGUUGUAUGAUGGUUCAACAUACUACAGUUUCAGGGGCAUCCCAUAUGCCAAGCCACCAUUGGGGCAGCUGCGAUUCAGGGCUCCCCUGCCACCUCAAUCCUGGAAAGGCGUACGACAAGCGACCGAAUAUGGCUCCAUCUGCGCACAAAAUGACGGUGAACCAGACUCCGUCUUCCAAGGAAGCGAAGACUGCUUGUUCCUCAACGUCUUCACCAAAUACCUCCAUGGUCGUACACCUGUCAUGGUCUUCAUACACGGAGGAUCCUAUCUAGCUGGAUCUGGUAAUGAUGACCUGUACGGACCGAAGUUCCUCGUUCACCAAGAUGUUAUCCUGGUCACUUUGAACUACCGCUUAGAAGUGCUUGGAUUCAUAAGUGUGGAAACCCCUGAGGUUCCCGGCAAUGCGGGUAUGAAGGACCAAGUAGCUGCGUUGAAGUGGAUAAAGGAGAAUAUAGCAAAGUUUGGAGGAGAUCCCGAUAAUAUUACGAUUUUUGGCGAGAGUUCUGGGGCUUGCUCUGUGACGCAUCAUAUCUUGUCGCCGAUGACUAGAGGUUUAUUUCAUAAAGUUAUCGCGCAAAGUGGUACUAGUGUCCAUGAUUGGGCGAUAGGUGAAGGCAGCAAGAGCAGGGCAUUCAGAGUUGGAAAAUAUUUAGGAAGAGACACCAGAAAUACUACUGAGCUGAUUGAGUUUUUAAGAUCUCUACCAGCAGCGAACCUAACUAACUUGACAAUUGCUACGAGUACGUAUGAUGAGAAAUAUAGAGGAUUGCCUGAGCGAUUUUUACCAGUUGUCGAAAAGAAAUUUGAUAAUGUCGAAGCGUUUCUAAGCGAAUAUCCUUUGGAUACACUUCAGUCGAAAAGAAUUCGUAAAGUUCCAUUGAUGUUAGGAUAUAACUCCGCUGAAGCCAUUAUUAUGAUUCAAGAUAGAUUAGGAAAGUUGGACAUUUACAAUAACAAUCCUUCCUACGAUGUACCUAGAGAGAUCGCUGAGAAACUAACCCAAGAGAAAAUGAAUGAUAUGGGUAAAAGAAUUAGAAAAUUCUAUAUUGGUGACAGAGAGUAUACAAAGAACGAUUAUAAGGAGAUCGUCACUAUGUUGUCUGACGAGCAUUUCGUGUAUGACACGCACAGAUUUACAUACUUGUAUUCUAAACACAACAGUCCCAUUUAUAUGUAUAGAUUCAGUUUCGACACUGACCUCAAUGUUUUCAAGAAUUUUACAAGUAUGGGUUUGGAUUUGAAAGGAGCAUGCCAUGCAGAUGAACUAUUUUAUAUGUUCUCUAAUAGUUAUAAUAAAGAUGCGUACGAAUCGCAAGAGAAAUUGAAGAAUUACGUGUCGAAGGUGACGAAAUUAUGGACAGAUUUUGCUAAAACCAGCAACCCAACUCCAGACACCUGCGCUGGACCUAAAUGGCCGGUAUACACGACGAAGAACAAGGGAUACCUAGACAUCAACGUACAGUCGACGGCGGGUAGCUUCGCUGAGAAAAAGCGCGUGGAGUUCUGGGACACACUGUACUGCGAGACUGGCUUGCCUUGCAUAAAAAAUAACUAAGCAAUAUUAUA